CUAUUUAUUACGUAAAAUUAAAAUUACAUCCAACUCCUCCUACGAUGAUCUAACCUCCCUCCAUCCAUCCAUCACCAUAACAAACCUCCCACCCAGAUCGAUCUCGAAACCAAAAAUGUCACACGACGAACGCGACACCGCACCACUCACCACCAACAACACCUCCUCCCAGUCCGACAUCGACGAGAUCGAAAACCUUAUAACCGCAAGCGUCCAGUUCGGUCCAUCGACCGUCCAACCGGCGCGUCCCCCAUCACCAACCCCACGCGCUUCUAUUCCCAUAUCAUCAUCAUCCCCAUUUAUCCCUUCCAAUCUCCCUCCCCCAAUUCCAAAGCCACCAACUAUACCUUCUGCACCCGCACCACCUAAUGGCAAUGUGGGUGGGUCAGAUAAUAAUAAUAAUAAUGUAAUGAUGAUGAGUGGGUUUGGACCGGCCCCGAAUACAUUAACGGAGCCGGUUUGGGAUACGGUGAAAAGGGAUUUUUCGAGAAUUGUUAGUAAUUUGAAAUUAGUUGUGUUUCCGAAUCCGUACCGUGAAGAUCCUGGAAAAGCGUUGAGAGAUUGGGAUUUAUGGGGUCCUUUUUUCUUUAUUGUGUUUUUGGGACUUACUUUGUCUUGGUCUGCUUCUGUUAAGAAGUCUGAAGUAUUUGCUGUGGCCUUCGCACUACUCGCAACAGGUGCUGUAAUACUUACACUCAACGUCUUACUGCUGGGUGGGCAUAUAAUUUUCUUCCAAAGUCUCAGUCUAUUGGGUUACUGUCUGUUCCCUCUGGAUGUGGGAGCACUAAUCUGCAUGUUGAAAGACAAUGUUAUGGUGAAGAUGAUUGUUGUGUGUGUGACGUUGGCUUGGAGUUCUUGGGCUGCAUAUCCCUUCAUAAGCAUGGCGGUUAACCCCAGAAGAAAAGCUCUCGCACUCUACCCUGUUCUACUCAUGUAUGUCUCUGUCGGUUUCCUUAUCAUUGCAAUUGAUUAAACUCAUCCCUACCGAAGUAUAGAUAUCAUUUGUUUAUGCAUACUUUUUACUUUACGGAUGCAGCAAGCCAUUUUUUGUGUGUAAGUUUUUAUGCUUCUAACAUGGAGAUUGAUCCGAGGAAAAAGUAGAUAUACUAGUACUAUAUACUUGUAUAAGAAAGUUUUGAAUCUGUUAGCUUUUUUAUGCUUUUCUUGCUUUAGUUUAGUUUUUUGGUA